AUGGCCAAGAGAGUUCUGAAUCCCACUGAUGCUCACAGGAAGGCCGAGAGGAAGAAGGAGGUCAAAAAAAACAAGGCGGACAGGAAACAAGUGAGAUUAAUUGCUGCUGCUACGAAAGACACUCGAAAGCUAGAUACAGAACUAGCGCAACUACGACAACAAGAACGAGAAGGGAAGCUAGAAUACAAGCAACAGCUACGGAAGAAGGAGAUUCUUGAUCUAAUCAAAAAGAGACAGGAAGCUAGAGAGAAACUGGGUUUGAAAGCUGAUGCUCCAAAAGACAAUCAAGCUUCAUCGAGCAAGCCAGAAGAAUCUCCAUAUUAUCAUCCUGUGUACAACCCAUAUGGUGUACCGCCGCCUGGGACUAUCGAUACAAGUAAAAGUAAACAAGCAAAAGAGGAGUCCGAUGACGAGGAGGAAGACGAAUCUGACUCGGAAGAAGAAUCUCAAGAAGAUGAAGAGUCCGCUGAUGAAGCUGAUAAUGAGAAAGAAGAAGAAGAAAAGCCAACACUCCCAUAUGACGACUUGUCUAAACUUCCCAUCCCAAAACAACCACCGCCAUUAGACAGAGAAGCUCUAGUUUACGCCUUUAUAGACGUGCCUGAAACCAGACAUCGUCCAACCAUAAUAGAACGACCUCGGCCUCCACCACCACCACCACCACAAAUACCAAUGCCAAUAUUAAAUAGACCGCCUUUUCCACCACCACCAUUUUACAACAGUAAUAGCAGUAUGAAUCGGCCACCUAGACCUGGAUAUUAUAUGCCUCCUCCUCCACCAAUGCCAUAUUACGGACAACCACCAUUCAUGCCAUUCCCACCAGGAAUGCCACCACCUGGAAUACCACCACCACCACCAGGCUCUAAUUUCCCAAUGUAUCCACCACCACCAAUACAAAUGCAGCAACGAAUGCCUCCACCGCUCAUGCAUCGUCCACCACCAUGGCAUAAUCAGCAGCAUCACCAGCAGCCACAUCAGCAACAACAACAGCCACCAAGACCACAACUCCUUAAACCAGACGCAAACGCAGUCAAAUCAGCAGCCCCAAUAGUCCGUGACUUGCAAAAGGAAUUGACGAAAUUCAUUCCGCCACAGUUGUUGAGAAAGAGAGGAGCACCUGUUAAAUCUGUUAAUGUGGCUCCUUCUAUUGAUGGAGAGGAGGAUGAGGAUGUUGUGGUUGAGCCUGUCAAGAAGAAGGCUAAUGUUAUAGGUACCACUAGUGGUGGUGGUGCAACCAAACCUAACGCAUCAAUUGAUAAAGACUAUGACAAAUUUAUGAAGGAGAUGGAAGGGUUGUUAUAG